AUGUUGACUAUGGAAUCAGGGCUUACACCUUAUCACCUGCUUGACUCCCAACGGGAAAAAGUCCAAAUUCUUCUUGAGGAGUUGAAGAAUAUUUACGGACUAGAAUGGACAACUUCUUUGAUAGAUAUCGACACCGAUGAGCAGAAGAAACCAUGGUUUCUAAUGCUCAACCCCAAUGGGAAAAUCCCCGUGCUCAUUGACAACACCGGACAAGAGCCUUUCCCCAUCAUAGAGUCAUCAGCGGAGCUACUCUAUCUUGUCGAGACAGUAGAUAAAGACCAUCACUUCAGCUUUUCCGACGCCAAGGAGCAGUCCCAGAUGAUGCAAUGGGUUGUCUUCUGGCAUGCUUCGGGUCAGCCUAAUCAAGGUCAACUGAACCACUUUGGAAGAUUUGCUUCUGAACGGAUACCUUAUGCCAUCGAGAGAUUCAAGGCCGAGACCCUCCGAGUUUACAACGUACUUGAGCUACAUCUUUCCGGGCGCCUGACUAGUCAGCCUCGACAAUACCUUGCUGGAAAUGGUCUUGGCAAAUUUAGUAUUGCUGAUAUUAAUGCAUAUCCCUGGGUCCGGGGGUGGAAACGUAGCAAAAUUUCAGAAGAGGAGAUGGACAGUUACCCCCAUGUGAAGGAAUGGAUAGGUCGGAUUGAAUCCAGACCAGGUGUACAGAGGGGGACGGGUGACAUUUAUGAUGAGGAUGUUCACCCUGAAUUACUCAUUAGUACUGCGAAUGAAUAG